AUGGUCCGCCGGAUGAUGGCAGAUGGCUCGAAUCGAGGCAGUUUUCCAUGGCCGGUCAGGGUAGUCUCUCAGCAGAUUAUCACCCUGGAGAUUGCCGUGUUCACGCUGCAGGCCUAUGGACUAUUAGUCCAGGCCAACCCGCUCCUAUCGCUCUACUGGGACAUGGGCAAUCUGGUCACCGUCGUCGGCUCGGCCAUCGAGAUCCUCAACAUCCUUGCCGUCUGGCUCUGUCUCCUGAUCGUCAGCCGGAAACCCAGACGCACCCUCUCCAUCAUCGCCCACCAACAAUCUUCGACUAACUUCUCUGCGUUCGCUAGGCUGAUUGCUGGCUCGGUCGCCUUCAUCUUAAUCCGGACGCUUUCCAGAUUGGUCUUGCAUCUCAAAAACGCUCAGCUUGAGCCAUUCAAAAACGAACUCUUGAUCUUCCUACUCGAAGGUCUUCCGCUCUCUCUCUGUGCGCUCUUCCUGAUCAUCUUUCAUCCCUGCCGAUUUGACGGCGGGAUCCGCGACCAGGCGCCCUCAUUUUUUUCGCGGGAGACGCCUGCACUGGGUGGGCCGAUGGUCGAGAAUGAGAUGGAGGAGACAAGGAAGAAGGAGGGGGUGGAUCCACUGGGAGUGAAAGGCGUCUCUGAUUUCCAGGAUGAGAUCGGCGGCCCAUUCUGGACCGUCCCUCUGUCCCCUCAUCAUCAUCAGCAGCAGCAGUCAGACCAUACCAAGCGACCGUCGGCCCACGUCCGGCUCGUCGAGCCCCACCAGGGCCAUCAUCCCCAGCACCUUGGCUUUCCCUCCAGUCCGGCCCGAGACCAUGUCCGUCGUAGGAGCAUCCCCGAGUCUCAGUUCGGACCAACAGCCUCCGGAAUUGACUUUCGACGGCCCGAUGAUCUGGAUGAGCUCGACUUCAACCACUGCCGUCAUUCUACAAAGGUUGAGGAAGAACUCGGAGGGUCCGCUCCGGUCGAGGGCCGGAUUCGUAGGAGGACCCAUUCGGCAGUCUCGUUUGAUAAAAACCCGUUGGGCAUCGCCGAGUUUCAUACCGAUUCUAAAAGCCCCCGAAGGAGUCCUUAUAGUAUCUCCUCCUAUUACGAUGAUGCUUCCAAAAACUUGUACGGACUCGAUUUUGAUUUGAUUCCUUUAUAA